AUGGCCCAUUCUCCAACUUCGAUAGGCAAGGAGUGGACAAACAAGGUCUCAGGUCUGGAGGUUCCGGCAACAGCAUACUCAUGUCUUUCCAACCCACCCAGCCCAAGUCGCUUUCCGCGAUUAAGCCGUCCUGUUCCGACGAUGCGCCCCGAAUACGAUGUUGUGGUCGUUGGUUCAGGCUACGGAGCAGGCGUGGCAGCCAGUCGAAUGGCGCGGGCGGGAAAGCAAGUCGCAGUGUUAGAGAUCGGGGAAGAGAAAUGGCCAGGCGAAUAUCCAAAUUGUCUAGGGGAUGCAGCGCUCGAGUUCCACGUCUCUGGGAACGCGGGGAGGGAUGGGGGGAGACUGCUGGAUCUCGAGUGCGGAAAGAGGACAGGACUAUACCAUCUAGUGCUUGGUGAAGGACAGAACGUCUUCGUAGGUAAUGGGCUCGGGGGAACGUCUUUACUCAACGCAAAUGUGUUUCUGCCUGUAGAUGAGCGCACACUUCAACUCAGCGCAUGGCCACCCGAGAUUCGCGAGCAUCCAGGCGCACUGGAUCCGUGUAUGGACUUUCUCUAUCGUCAGGAGCCCACGGACGCGGAACUGACUCGAGGUUAG